CGAAUCAAUCACAGCAACUUUUGGUUGUGCUGUAAGUUAAUCUGUUGCCACAAUGAUCAGCAAUGAUUAACGGCUGUCCUCAUGCACUUACAAAGCGCUUGCAACUGGCUUUUAAUUGCUCUAAUGCUGCUCACUUGCUCCACUUCCAGCUAUCGAUUAGUAAAGACUUUGCGGCCAUCAGUGUGACGCCGCUUAAGGUUGCAGCUCAUGUGGCCGCACCGCUCUGCAGCGACUGCAGCCUCACUGCAGCUUCAGCUGUGCAGCCUUCGGGUGGUGCGGGCUGCAGCAAGGAAAAGUGCGACGUUAAGCAGAUCUUUUCGCCUGGCUCGCCCAAGCAAAAGACCUCAAGCAUAGCGGCUAAGGCAGCCAUGGACGCCAAGGCAGCCAAUGAGGCGCAAGCGGUGGCAGGACAACUGGCCGCACAGCAUGUGAAGCAGGAGCUGGCGGAGAAGGCUUUUCAGUCGGCCAAGCAGGCUGAGGCUGCAUUGUCGGGCAAGCAAAUGGUUGUGGAACAGCUCGAGGUGGAGGUGAACGAGGCCAAUGCUGUGGUCGAGGAGGAAACCAGCUCGCUGCAAGGCACCGAGACCAACAUGAACUCAGCCGUGGAAGCCGCACGCACGGCCACUCAACAAUAUGAAACGUUGAACGAGCUGCAUCGCACCGUCAAGGAGAAUCUGGUCAAUAUACAGGCCGUGGCCAUGGGCACCCAGCAGGAGGUGAGCGAAAAGGUGACGCUGCUCGAGGCGGCCAAGAAUCGUCUGGACUCGCUGCAGAAGCAACUGCAAGUGGCGCGCGAUGACUACGAGAAGACCAAGAGCGCCGCCUACAAAGCCGCCUGUGCCGCUGUCGAGGCCAAGCAGAAGGCUCAAAACUCUCACAUCGCAUCUCGUCGGCGAAGAUAUCAAAGAAGGCAGCGCAGACGACCCGCCUAAGAUACAACUGUUACCUUUUUAUUUUAUGCUUAUAUUUUUUAUACAUUGAACGACUUGCCGAUAUUGACCGAUUAAAUAA